GACUUCUAAUCGCUGACGACACGCAAAACCUUCCCGGUCUUCUUCCAGCUUUCAAAUAUCUGCCGCUCCAGUCUUCGUCUCUCCUCCACGACGACCUUCUCCUGAUCUGCUUCGCCCCGAUCGGCGGCGGCGGCGGCGGCCAUGGACGAGGAGUACGACGUCAUCGUGCUCGGGACCGGCCUCAAGGAGUGCAUCCUCAGCGGCCUCCUCUCCGUCGACGGCCUCAAGGUUUUGCACAUGGAUAGGAAUGACUAUUAUGGAGGAGAGUCAACAUCACUUAAUCUCAUUCAGCUCUGGAAGAAAUUUAGGAAUAGUGAUAAACCUCCUGCACAUUUGGGUUCUAGCAGGGAUUAUAAUGUUGACAUGGUCCCAAAGUUCAUAAUGGCAAAUGGUACUCUGGUGCGAGUCCUCAUUCAUACAGAUGUUACCAAGUAUCUGUACUUCAAAGCUGUGGAUGGCAGCUAUGUCUUCAGUAUGGGAAAGGUUCACAAAGUGCCUGCAACUGAUAUGGAAGCACUUAAAACUCCACUCAUGGGCAUGUUUGAGAAGCGUCGAGCUCGAAAGUUCUUUAUAUACGUUCAAGAUUAUGAUGAAAAUGAUCCAAAGACACAUGAGGGGAUGGAUUUGACACGUGUAACAACGAGAGAACUGAUAGUAAAAUAUGGUCUGGAUGAGAACACCAUUGAUUUUAUUGGCCAUGCCAUGGCGCUCCAUAGAGAUGAUCGAUACCUAAAUGAGCCUGCCCUGGAUACUGUCAAGAGAAUGAAGCUCUAUGCAGAGUCAUUUGCUCGUUUCCAAGGAGGAUCUCCCUAUAUUUAUCCCUUGUAUGGGUUAGGAGAGCUCCCUCAGGCAUUUGCGCGGCUAAGUGCUGUAUAUGGUGGGACUUACAUGCUGCACAAACAGGAAUGCAAGGUGGAGUUCAAUGAUGAAGGCCAAGUCAUUGGCGUCACAUCAGAGGGCGAAACUGCCAAAUGCAAAAAAGUUGUUUGCGACCCUUCGUAUUUGCCUAGCAAGGUUAGGAAAAUCGGGAAGGUUGCCAGGGCAAUCUGUAUCAUGAGCCAUCCGAUCCCAAAUACCUAUGAUUCUCACUCAGUUCAGGUUAUUAUCCCACAGAAACAGUUGGGUCGCAAGUCAGAUAUGUAUCUUUUCUGUUGUUCAUACUCUCACAAUGUCGCACCAAAGGGCAAAUUCAUUGCAUUUGUUUCGGCAGAGGCUGAAACUGAUCAACCUGAGAUAGAACUGAAGCCAGGGGUUGAUCUGCUGGGGCCUGUUGAUGAGAUAUUUUAUGACACUUAUGAUAGAUAUGAACCAGUCAAUGAACCUUCUCUUGACAACUGCUUCAUAUCCACUAGUUAUGAUGCCACAACCCACUUCGAGUCGACUGUUAUGGAUGUGCUUAACAUGUAUACAAUGAUCACCGGAAAGGUUCUCGACCUCAGUGUGGAUUUAAGCGCUGCCAGUGCUGCGGAGGAAUGAGAAUUGAGAGGUUCGGCGCCUGCAUUGCUAGUGCCUGGUUUGGAGCUCUCAGGCAUCGGUUUUUAUUGUCGAUAAAUCUCUAGAACGUGUUUCUGGUUAUUCUAUGUACUAUCAAGUGUCAACUGUGAUAAUUCAUGUAAGAAUUGACAUGCAAAAUGUGCAAUGCUUAUUUAAAAUGCUAGUCAUUAGUGUCUGCUUGAUAGUCUCCUCCGGAGAUGAAACGGACCAUGGCCAUGGAGACAUUAUUGAAAUAUUACACGAUCAAUGUGACUAGAUUGAUUAUAA